UUAGCGAGCUCGGGAGGGUGAAUCGCGGCACGGUGGAUGCUGUGGCCCGUACUCGGGGAUGAGGGCCUGAGGCCUCCCUCGCCGCCGCUACCGCCGCUGCCGCAGCCAUCAGCUCCGAGGCCCGCAUCGAAGGCCUCCAAGUCCAACAAGCUGGUGCCCUUACUGCUCUGCGCACCCUGCAAGCCAACACAACGCAAGCGACAAUCCACCACGAGGUGGUACGUCCAGCAGCCCACGUGGCGUCUUUGGGGCGAGGAAAAGGGUGAUGGCGUUAUAUACACGGUUUACCUCAAGAAGGUUCGUUAUCACAGACCGACACGAAGUCUCUCAACUUCGGAAUCGGACGACGAGAUCUCGCACCUAGAAUGGGAGACGGUGCGAGUGCGAUUUCUGAAGGCCGGUACGGUACAGCGGCUGGUGGAGAGCCUAGCGAACGACGACGGCGAGCUCGAGUCCACCUACAUAAACGUCUUCCUGGCGACUUACCGAGCGUUCACUACGCCCCCCGAGGUCCUCGAGCUUCUUCUCGUACGCUACGACUCGCUGGACGAGGCCGCCAACGCCCAGCAUCGCAAGACACUCGUGCAGGCGCUCCACGUAUGGCUGGACGCCUAUCCAGGUGACUGGCGAUCGUCACCUGGUCAUCCGCUCCUCACCAGACUUCUCGACUUUGCGCAUCGACGACUUCCUGGCUCGGAGCUCGAGCUCAAGGCUCGUCAUCGACUCCACAGCUUCUCCCAGCCCGACGAUCAACUCGACAAUUCGUGCACGAUAUACGACAAUGGGCGGCUCGGGCUCCAUUGCAGUGGCGAUACGUUCGCCGACAGUUGGUCCAGCUACUCGUUCCCGGAGGUCUCUCAUCGGCACUUGGCCGAGCAACUCACGCGAAUGGACGCGGAGGUGUUCCGGAAGCUCGUAGCCCACCAAUGCCUCGGUGCAGUUUGGUCGAGGCGAGGCGACCGCUCCCGCAGUCACGACGCCGCGACGGUCCUCGCUACGGUCAAUCAGUUCAAUGCCGUCUCACUGCGCGUCAUCUCGACGAUUCUCCUUGCGGACGAGGGAACCAAAGCGCAGGAGCGCGCUCGCGUCAUCGAGACCUGGAUCGACGUAGCCCAGGAGCUGAGGAUACUAAAGAACUUCAGCAGCCUUAAGGCCAUCGUCUCCGGCCUCCAAAGCAAUCCCGUCUAUAGGUUGGAGAAGUGUUGGCAGUGCAUGACGCGUGAGAAGCACGAGCUCUUUCGCGAACUCGAGAGGAUAUUCUCGGAGGAGAACAAUGCCUGGACGCAGAGGGAGCUUCUCAUAAAAGAGGGCACGGCAAAGUUCGCCGACACCGCCGGCAGGAGCGACAGGCACUUGCAGAAGAUCUUCCAGAAGCAGAAUAUCCACGCAGGCAACAUAAGUUACGGUACGAUCCCUUAUCUCGGCACUUUCCUCACGGACUUGACGAUGAUCGACACUGCCAUUCCCGACACGAUAGCCGAGGGUCUCAUCAAUUUUGAUAAGCGCCGCAAGGAAUUCGAGGUGCUCGCACGUAUUCGACUUCUCCAAGGCGCCGCCAAUGCCUACAACUUCAACGUGGAUCCGCUUUUCGAGCGCUGGUUCCACUCGAUUGUCGUACUCGACGAUCGGGAGUCCUACAAUCUCAGCUGCCAAAUCGAGAUUCCGCCCGCCGGCAGUACAAUUAACAAUCGCUCCACUGCUGCUAAAAAGAAGCUUCAACAGAAUCACAAUAACUCGCAACAGCAGCAUCAGCAUCAGCAUCAUCAUCACAAUCACUCGAAUAAUCAUAAUCAGUCGGGGCAUCGGAAAAACGAUUCCAUAGCUUCGACAUCGAGUUCUAGCAGUUCGCAGUUUUAUUGCGAUCUCGACUCCCUACCUAGCUCGCCGCAUAAUUCUCUGGACAGGCGCAUCUCACCCUCUCAGAUGUCUUCCUCGUCUUCCUCCUCGUCGCUACCGUCCCUCGACAUCUCUCUGAGCUCCGGCGGGGGUAACGGCGCCGGUAAUAGCCAGAGUCGAUUGAACGUGUCCCAGGGCGGCAACUCGAAUGGCACUGCGGCAGGAUUACCGAGCCCCAGCCACUCGCACAAAAGCUCCCCCGAUUUCUAUAUUAUCAAGGUGACAAUCGAGAGUGACAACGUGGAGACCGAAGGCGUCAUCCUCUACAAGUCAAUCAUGCUGUCGAACAAUGAGCGCACUCCCCAGGUCAUACGGAAUGCAAUGCUCAAGCUCGGCAUUGAGGGCAACCCCGAUCAGUUUACUCUGGCUCAGGUGCUGCCCGACAGGGAAAUGGUAUUGCCUAAUUCGGCAAAUGUCUAUUACGCGGUCAACACGGCACAUAACCUUAAUUUUAUUUUAAGACCAAAAAAGACUUGAUAGAACUCAGGUCGCAACAACACAAUCGAACAUUCUAGCCUUUAAGUAUUUACAAACAAUAGUUCUGGGUCUUAUACGCUGUACUAAUAAAAUUCACUUUUACAAGUCUGUUUGCACGAGUCUAAUGUAAUUCACCGUAUUAUCGUCUACAUUCAAUUUGAUUUAUUUACU